CCCAAAACGUCACGAAACGUCAACGAACUGUCAUCCUUUUUUGUGAAAUCCGUGAAAAGAUUUGCACUCGCUCGCAAUAUUUUGCUAAAAUAAAAAUCAUCAAAAAUGGAAAACGACGCUGGAGAAUUCGUUGAUUUGUACUGCCCCCGUAAAUGCUCGGCCAGUAACCGCAUCAUUCACGCCAAGGAUCAUGCUAGCAUCCAAAUCAACCUUGUCGAUGUGAAUCCCGCUACCGGAGUCAUGACCGAUACCUCAAAAGUCUAUGCCAUUUGCGGAGAAAUCCGUCGUAUGGGCGAAUCUGAUGAUUGUAUUGCACGAUUGGCCAAGAAGGAUGGUGUCUUGUCGAAAAAUUAUUAAUUUUGAGACGUUGGAGACAUAAAUUUUGGAUAAUUUGUAACAUUCUACUUCAAUAAAUGGCUAAUUGACAUGCAAAAAAUUUUAUUUUA